AUGGAUUCACAAGACUGGACCGAUUCCUUCACCCCCGGGUUUGACGACUUGGACACCUUCCUUCUAAUGGACGUACACAGAUGGACCUGCGGUCCUACUAACACAUUCGACGCUAGCAUGUUUUUUCAGUCAGAAUUCCAAGCAGACGACCCGAAGAUAGACUGCACGCCGGGGCAAAUUUCCCUAGCCGAAACUCUCGAAAUCGCAGAACUCAGGAAGGAACCUAGAGCGAUGCUUACUUUGUCCGACAUCUCCGCCAUUUCUUCACCGCCACAAGCCGGAGAGUCGGGCUGGACAUCGUCACUUCAGGCUUUCAUGCUCGGCCAUCAGGACGUCCAAGCGUUUUCUCAAGCAUCUCUCAGUCUCUCUACUACCUAUGUCAUUGCGAGCUUCGAGCCGGCAGAAAUGAAGCAAGAAGUUGGCGAUCUUGGGCCGAAGAACAAGAUAGGAACGGUAUGCGAGCAACACUCCUACGUGGAGAAGCCUAGCACAUUCGGAAGCAACAACGAAGUCAUUGCCCAGGAAACCCAAAUGACAACUUCUUCCCUUGAAGAUCAAGCCAUGGAUGGCGCGAAAGAUGACCCAGCUACAGAACCAUGCCAGCCAGCAACCCCCAAGUAUGUUCCUGAGCAAGCCGCAGGCCGAGGUCCUGAUUUAGGAAGCCCCACAUUUCCAACCCUCCGAGAACAACUAGUGGGUCGGGAGGCUGACAAACAUGGUGUCAACAUGGCCACUGACCAGCCGCGAGAGGCACAAGCAGAGCCCAAGGCCCCUGAGGAUGCCAACCAGCCAGUAGAAACACUUACCCGCUCUCUAAACCGUAGGGAGGCGGGGAGGCCAUCCGAGCCGCCCGUAAGCCGUGCGAAUAGUGGGCAGAUUGAGCAACCGCGUCCAUGUUUGAGCCUUGCAGACAUCGGGAAGGCCGACCUGGUACAGAAGCCACCUGCAACCCCUUCGGACGACGAGAAGGCUGAGCAGUCCCACAAGCUACCUGUGAGCCUCGCGGACGAUGAGGAGCUUGACCAGGCACAUGCACCAUCUGCGACCGAUGCAGGUGAUGGGAAGAAGCAUAGGAUGUCAGAAGCAUUGCGAGCGCUCAGUCAGGAGGAUGCGAAAGUGGUGACUUCCUCCACGCCUUUGGUGUCUUUAUCGACUGAGAAGCAACGUGCCGAGAGCACUGAUGCAAGCAAGAUGGCUCUCAAUGCCAGUCUCUUGGAACGAGUAAAUACUUCUGAUCCAAUUUCAACAGAGGUUGCACCAGAACCUGUCCCUCCCAAACGACCUGCGCCCUUGGGACCUAAAACUAUCAUUCGAGGUGGUAGUGUUAAUGAACCGAUCGUUAUCGAUGCGUCUGAUGACGAACAGGAAGAGGAGGAUUUAGGCGAUCUAGGGCACAGGAAACGCCUCUCAGCAUCACGCCGUGUUCGACCUAGAGCACAGCAAGCCGAUGGAGUUGUCUUGUGGACCGACCCAAAAAUUGAGGAAGAAUUCUUGAGCAAGACGAGAGCCAUCUGGUACCACAUCCAAUCGCAAUGGAUGGAAGUGCGAAAAUUGCCCGGCCUAGAAGGUAUGCUGAAGGUUGUCCAAUACAACAACUUCAUCAACGCAAUAGCUAGUAACUCAGUCGAAAACGGUAUGCUGGCCCACGACGAUGUCAUCAUGCUGCGCGAUCGCUACAAGCGAGUGGCAAAUCAGGCUCUGUCCAAGCUUUCGUCAAAGAGCGACCGCAACCUUGUGCGCAAUUUGAGGCGAUCUAUGAACCGAUUUCACGACGAAUCGCAGAUGGUGAAACUCAUUACGGAUCACCCUAUGAGAGACGAUGAGGAGGACGUCGACUACAGGCCUGUCAAACGUCGUAGAUCUUGA